AUGGACCACACGUUCCUCGCCCAAUCCAUCACGUCGGCCGAUCCGUCCAUCGCGGCUUCGUGGGUCCAAUGGCGAAGUGAAGAUUCACAAACAACAUCAGACCGAGAUCCGACACCCACAACUGUAAACGAGGUCGAUCUGCCCACCAGUGCAAGCUCAACGGCGGUGGGGAGCUCAAACUCGACUCCUCCACCGCCAUUGUCUGCCUCGUCCCUGUCGAUGACCACCGUUCUCACAUCAUCGCCACUCUCAUUCCCUCCUUCUACUGUACCCUACAGCCCUCUGCCAACUUCGACCGAGACGUCCACGUCCGCAAGUGUAAACACCACCAUCACCUCACCGCCAUCCUCUGCCUACACCACAGGCAUAUACAUUGCUCUCGGGAUAUUCUUGUUCUUCGGCAUCAUGUGUGCUUUGGUCACCAGCCCUGUGACUGCUACUGCGAUCAAAGGGCUUCUCGGGAGGCGAGGAAGAGCUAGAGAGCAAUGA